AUGCCCCACCCACCACUCCCCCCCAACCCCUCGCUCGUUGCCAUCUUCCUAGUCGUAAAAUCGCACACCGGCCCGCGUUUCGUCUUCCACUACCCGCCCUAUCCGCGGGCCUCGGGCCCAAACGCUCCCGGCCGUCACGGAAGCUGGUCGAGCACUGCUGACGGCGGCGCGAGUUCGGACUGGGGCGCCGAUGCGCUUGAAGAGGGAGAGGCGGGGGAGGACGCCGAUGUGCUGAGCGCGGAGAAUGGGGAGGGGGUGAGGGGGAGGAGCAGAGGGGGUGCUGCGAAGGCGAGUGCGCGCGCGAGGGGCCAGAUGAGCGGGCUGGGGGGCAUUGAUGAGAGGGAUGAGGAGGCGAGGGAGGGGCAGGGCAAGAGCGUGGAGGCUGAGGGUGUCUUGGAGUGGGAAAGGGUGUUGGGGUUUAACAUUGAGAGCCUGGAGAAACUGCUCUCGCCUCCGCGCGGGUUCAACAAGAGGAGGUUCGAGGUUGGGCUUGAGGGACUGGUGUUCCUGGGCGCCCCAAUGUUCGUCAGGGCGGAUGGGUUGUGGAAGAAGAAGAGGCGAAGGCAUAGCGAGAGGCGAGAUCAUCAGGCGGCCUGCGACCAGGACGAGGCAGCGCAGGCAACGGACGGCCGACCGCAGACGGACGGUCCUUCCGAUGAAGAUGAGGGCGUAAAUAUGCGCGGUGGGGAAGAGCCAUUCGAUCCAGCUCUCAACGACAUGUCUAUGUUCAACGUGGUGUUUGUGCUGAAUCCUCCAGCGCUGGAAUAUCAGUUACGGGUCAAAGAGACGUACGACAACGUGGUGCGGAAGUACGCCAAGGUUUUGAAGGAAGAGCAAGCUUGUUCCAGUUAUGUUUGGAAAGAGGCACGGGAGAUUCUGGCUAUGAAGCAGAAAGCGAGGGAGAAUAAAACUCCGAUGUCAACCUUGUGGCACCAAAUUAUCUCUUCAUCCGCACUUGCAAAGUCAAUCGCCAUAAUAUUUGAUUCGAUCUCAAGCUCUAAGAUUGCCCACGUUCAUCUCGACGCAGCGUUUGAAACCUCGUUCCAGAUCCCGCAGGCAAUCUCGACUCCCUACGUCCCAACCACAACCCAGCCACAGAUACCGGGUCUCUGGUUGACUACAGCAAGUGUUGUGGACGAUGAAGAUCCGGAAGCCGGCCUGAGCCCGCAUUGUGCACUUCUCCUACUGGAAGACGCCGAGACAUUAUUGAAGGAGAUCGAGGGCGAUGCCAAAGAGCGCUCAGCGCCGCUAGCUUUCUACAUCCGAAACUCCACCCCUACAAAGUCUCUCCAGAAGCUCGCCGCAGCUUUCUCGAUCAAGAUCCAGCAUAUCCAGCUGCUGGCUAAUCACCUGAUAUACUGGCGGCGCGCUCGCGCCAUUCCGCCUCUGAAUCACCGGGAUACGUACAUCGUGUCUCCCAAUGCUGGUAUGCGGGCCCUACCGUCCGCCAUCGUUGGUUAUGCUGCGCGUUUUCCGACCCUGCCGCCUCUGAUGAAGAUGUUGGAGAGGUUGUCUGGCGCGCCGAGACCAUACGGAUCAUUCAUUCCAAGCAAGGAUCACCGGUCCGCGUAUAUGGAAAUACUCGCUUGGCUAAUGCGUGGAGGCUGGGUGACGCAACUAAGAACGUUCGCCUGGGUGAGAGUCUCGGCUAAGGUCAAGGGAGAGGUUUUUGAGAUUAUCGAUCGGGAGGCGAGAGAUGAAGCCGAGGAGAACGCAAAGAAGGCCGAAGCGGAAGCUGCAGAGCAGGCUCAGAGGAUUGAUGAAAGGAAUCUCGAACACGUCGCUGAGUCUACGAAGAACGCUUCGCCCCAACACCGAACUCCCACUACCACCGAAUCCCCCGCGCCAAUGUCUCCAACGCAGAGCCGCCGUGCCAGCUCCCUCGCCUCAGCAAGCGCCAACAGCCACCCCUCCACGCCAGGCCAGUCGCUGAGUUCCCUCUCCUCGUCGUCUGCAAACCGUACAGCUUCGAUAGUCAAGUCCCCGCAACGGGCCAAUGCACUGGAAGCGCGAUGGCUGGAACAUAUUGGCAACGGCUUUGUGGACGAGAAGGGAGAUCCGCACGAGGAGCUGCGCGAGCUGUGGCCGGUGCUUGUGAAGUAUCUCGAUGGACGCCAUGCGCUGGAGGAGAUUGCGGGGAGGGAAGGCAUGAAGAGGAAGAGGGUGCUGGAUGCGGUUAGAGAGUUGAGGGAGAGGGGCCUCUUGGUUAUUGUGAAGCAUUGGUGA